GCAACUCAUUUUGAAAUGGAAAAGACUCAAAGUUUUGCUGAAGACUUGCAGACAUUUCUUUUUGAUCAUCAUAACUUUUUCAAAAAUGCAGAUAUUAAAAGCGAUGAUUCUUCAAAAAAAAUGAAUAAACAAAUGUUAUGUAUAAACAAUCAAGAGGAUGAAGAUAUAGAGAAAUGGGUGAAAUACAGUUAUUCAUCCUUUCAUCAAAUACUGCUUGUGGGUGAAGGAGACUUCUCUUUUUCAUUGUCUUUGGCUCACAAUUUGGGUUCUGCCUCCAAUAUUGUUGCUACUUCUCUUGACUCUUAUGGUUCUUUAACAAAGAAGUACAAGAAAGCAAGAUCAAACUUGGUUAAGCUGCAGAAGCUAGGAGCCUUCCUUUUACACGAGGUCGAUGCAACUAAAAUGAAGCUUCACACUGAUCUCAAGAUGAGGAAGUUUGAUCGCAUUAUCUUCAACUUUCCUCAUGCCGGCUUUCAUGGAAGGGAAGAUAAUCCGCUUAUUAUUAAAAAGCAUAGGAGGCUUGUGCAUGACUUUUUCCACAAUGCAAGGGGUAUGCUGCGACUUAAUGGUGAAAUUCAUGUUAACCAUAAAACAUCGGCCCCAUUUUGUAACUGGAAUCUCGAGGAGCUUGCUUCUCAGAACUCGCUUGUACUUUUUGACUGUGUACCCUUUCGUAUUGAGAACUAUCCGGGUUAUAACAACAAGAGAGGGGAUAGCUGGAGGUGUGACGAGCCUUUUCCUUUGGGAGAAUGCAGCACUUUCAAAUUCAUUUUCUCACCUGGGUCUAGAGAUAGGCACAGGUCGGGUUGGCAUGCAAGUGGCUUGGGCAUGGCGCGGCAUGAUACACAAAGCUAUGGGUUAGGGCUGUGGCAGGGACAAGAUGUUUUGAAUUUGGUACGGCGUGUGCUUUGUGCCAGGCAGCCCACUUUUUCGCAUGAAAACAUGACCCGCCAGACAUGGCGCGUUCCGACACAAAACACAGAACAUCCUGCCCCAACCUACCGGCCUGUUCAAACACUGCCUGACUUUCCGACACAAAGCACAGCGCAUCUUGGCCCUCCCUUCCGGCCUGUUCAAACACUGCCUGAUGUCUCGACACAAAACGCAGCACAUCCCACCCCACCCUACAGGCUUGCUCAAACGCGGCUUGAUGUUCCGACACAAAUCACAGCACACCCUGUCACACAUUACAGUCUCUCUCAAAUACGGCCUGAUUUCCCGACACGAAACACAGCACAUCCCACCGCACACUACAGUCUCUCCCAGAUGCGGUCUGAUGUUCCAACACAAAACCAGCAAAUCCCCUCCCACGUCACUGUCUCACUCAAACACGGCCUGCAGCUAGCACAGCAUAGCCAUUCCCACCUUUACCCGGCUCUAAGAUGUUGAGAAAUUGGACUCUGCCACAAGAACAGAAUCCUGCUAGUACCACUAUUGGCUCCCUCUCCAGGUUCCUUUCGGAAUAUUUCUCAUGUGGAGGAGACAUCAGGCCUUCCUAAUUAAAGAAGAGUAAGUCGAAGCCGAAGCUAUGAUAAAUUUGUUAACAUGGGCUUAUGAAAGACUUUUGGUUUUCUUCAUCCAUUUUCUAUAGGAGCUUCAUUGCUUGCGUCUUACAUCAGAGUUUAAAUGGUAUGCCUCAUUGUUGUUGCUUCUGACUUCUUACUGGUGCCAACAUGGGAACUAGGCAUGUUGUGCAUAUGAAUCAAUCAAUGUUUUAAUGAAGAAAAAAUAGGUGUAGCUAGGAUUUUGGAAAGCUUAGGUUAUGUUGAUUGAUUUUUCUGUGUUGUGCUUGGAUUUUGUGAAGAAAGUUAUGAAACUACUUAAACAUGUCUGUUAUUUGACCCUAUAUCAAAUCAUUUACCAUCUCUUAUAGUGUUUCA